AUGGCUUCCUCAACCACCUCGCCAAUAGAACUCGAUAUGGAUGUGGAGCUCGAUAUGGACGACCAUGACAAUGCGGCAUUGCAAGUUUACGUCGACGCUAUGCCCUAUUCCUGCGAAACAACCGCCGAAAUGAACUCCAAGCUUGCUGACAUCGUUGCAAAGAUGCACAUUUGCGUGAAGGCCAAACAAUGGUUUGUCUUGUCUACAUGGGAUGGCGUUUUAGAAAGCUGGCUGCUCAUGCGCUACCCCAUUGCCAAACCACUCCGCGCCAAACUGGCCCGUCUCUAUUACGAACUCAUUCUGUUACCGGGGAUUGAGGCGCGGACAUGCCGAAACUGGGUUCAUAUGUUUAAUCGUGUUCUUGCAAACAAGCCUGGGAUUCCACGAAAGCUGGAGCCUAGUGACCUCCAACUUCCGUGGCAGCCACUCUGGACGAUGGUCAAGAAGGAGCUAUGGCCGUCGGGCCGGAAGCGCACCGAUCUCGCUGGUCGAAACAUGAUAAAUCUACUCUUAUUCACAGCGGAACAUGCGCGCCCAUACUUCCCCCCCAGCGAGAUACCGGAAAUGCUGUCUGCCUUUUUACCUCUGGUCACUAGAUCGACUAUGCUUGGGAUGUUUCCCGUCCUAGUCUCCUUCCUUCCACCAACACACACACACCUCUAUCUUCCAGCCCUACUUACUCUUGCUAGAAGUUUCAACUCGACCAUUCUAGAUGAACGCCUACUUGAGCUAGCAGGGGAACUUUCUGAAGAGCAUGUUGCUGGCGCCGCUGGCCCCGCAGGCGAGGAAGGCGGCGCUAAAUGGAAAGAUAUCGGCAUCUACACUGAAGCCGAUUGGAACUUUAUCGUUGGGAAAGGUUUAACCUCUAUGGAUGUACCUGUGGGAUCAAAUCGGAACGCGUCCACAACUUCAUCUCAUGCGGAUGCUCAACACAAAUGGGCCUUGAAGAUCAAGAAGAAUAUCAGUCGCCAGCAAUCGCUAGCUAGAAUGCUAGUCUAUUCUAUGGCUGUCGAUGGACCUGUUCGCGAAAGUUCUGCACCAACUCCACGCGCCGGAGGCGCGAAACUCAUCCAGCCUGUCGGCUUUGUUGCUGGUUCAAAGGCAUUGGACACCCUCGACCGCAUUAUCACGAGUUUGGAGACAUUUUUUCAUCCUUCGAACUCCGGUUCAUAUACCAUUGCGUUAACGUCGUUCCUGCAAUAUCUUUCCGCCUUCUUUUGUCAGAGAAUACGGGAAGAAGAGCAAGGCUCGUGUCGGACACCAGUGACUCAACGACUCACUCCCGCGAUUCGUCGGUCAUUUGUCAGUAUCUUACGGACACCUGCUCUUCUGGCAAUGUUUUCCAAAGACCCUAUGUCCAUGGCAUGUGCUCAGGCAACUCUCCGCGCUUUGGCUGUACUCGAGCCCAGCCUCAUCAUUCCCGAACUUUUGGAGCGGAGCUACAGUGGACUGGAAGUCGUCAAUGAGACUCAUCGAACCACCGCAGUCCUGACGAUGCUCAACGCCAUCUCUCGGACACUAGUCACAGAAAAACUGUAUCUUGGCGGUCAAAAGCAUCUGGUGCCAUUGCUGGAGUUGAGUUUACCUGGCAUUGAUUUGAACGAUGCGGGAAAGACUUCUUGUGCUACUACUUUUAUCGUCUCCGCCAUUCAGCACAUCCGCAUUGGAGACCUAUCAAAUAAAACAUCGGGUUCUGCAUUCGACGAGGAGCUCAUGGAAGUAGAUGGUACCGAUUCUACACCAUUUCCAUCGGGAACAGAACCAGGCGAUGUACCAAUGCUCAGCAAAGACGAAGAACGAGCACUCGUACGCGACAGUACAGCGGCCUUCGCAGACUGGGUCACUGCUCUCUUCAGACGUGUAUUGGCUUUAUACGAAAAUCUUCCUGAAGAAGGCGGUCGUCGGAAUACCACAGGCGGAAAAACGGAAGAGACUGUGCUGAGCUCCAUCAAGAGUAUGAUCGAUAUAGUUUGUCUUCACUUAGACGAAGCGCUCUUCGAUCUCGUGCUCAAACUAGUGUUUGACUAUGGAACCACCAAUGCCAAAUCAAAUGUUGUCAAGGCGUUCGGUCAACUCGUUGGGUGUCUGGCCCGCGUGCGACCUGAUGAAACUCUGGCCAAAUUUUUACCCCAUUGUAUUGCAUCAGUCGAGGAAGAGCUCCGACAUGGUGCUUCGAGUGUGAGGACCACUUCUGCAGGAACGGCAGUCCCUUCAGAUACGACGCUUCAUUGGAACCUUGCCAUCUUACGGGGCUGUCUCGGGCACUCCGGGCCGGCGCUUCUCAAGUACAAGGAACAGAUACUAAGUCUCCUAGAGUUGCUCGUCGACAAAACUAAAGGCGAAAGAGGCUAUAGUAGCACGGGACGCUUGCUCUCGCGCAUUCUUCAUGUUGCCAGUGUCUACCCGAUCAAUAGCAGGUUUUUGAAUAGUGCGGACUGGCAUAAUCCAGCGACGGAAAGCGCAGCCUAUUGGGGCAAAUUCUAUGAGGGCAAAGACGUCGUCAUUGAAUGGCAUGUGCCGUCGGCAGCUGAGAUCAGCUUUGUUCUGGAGAUCAUCGACAGAAUUGGGACUCCAGCUCUCAAUAAAGUAGAAGAACUCAUAGCAACGAUGGGAACUUGGGACUCAGCAGCACGUAAUGACUUCUGUCGCUAUUUGCAUGCUUGUCGCUCGAUUUGGGGAGGACUGCCAACUAUACUGAAGGAACAGUCCAAGACUGUUCCUAAAGCUCUUGUUCGUCCGGAUACCGAGAUGCAGGAGCUCCUUGUCUCGCAUAUCGAUGUUGAGGCGGGCUUCGCUCUGAAGGACCCUUCUGAUCCACGAUAUCGAACGGUUCUUGAUGCUCGUCUGCGCUUUGGUGAUGUUGUUCAGCGUGCCGCCAAUGCCUUGAGGCAAAAUACUGGUGGCGAAGACCACAUCGAUGCCAUUCUCGGUGUCGCUCGAUCUAUAGACAUUUAUUUGCUGACCUAUGCAGUGACCAGAACCACGGCAGAGGCGUUGCACAAGAAUUACACACAAGCUCGCGAUGCGAAUCGAAUAUGGUCCCAGCAAAAAGAUAAUUCCCGCUUAGUGUUCAUCAAACGCGCCCACGUGUUCCAUUGCAACCGGCUUUAUAUGCACAGCUUGUAUCGACAGCGUUCUGCUCUGGAUGACAAGCUUAUCGACGAACUCUUGGAACUGUCCCUUUCCCCAUAUACGCGUAUUAGGCGAUCUGCCCAGGGUAUCUUCAACAAUGUUUCCGCGGUCUACCUUCGAUCCACUCGCUAUGCUCUCCCGACCCUUUUGGGAGCACUUUCAAGGGGAAACGAUCCUGAUCGCAUGAAAGGUGCACUAUAUGUACUGGCGAACAAGCCAAUUAUGAUGUACGCUGUCGGUGAUCUUACCUAUUACAACCAGCUACAUAUCGCUUUAUUGGAAUGUCAACACGAGGAAAAGCCAUCCAUUCAAAAACUCGUUUCGACACUGUCGGCAGACUGUGCGUCACAAACUCGAGAAGAGGACGGCCAUACCGACGCGUAUACACUGGAAACCCAACGCGUCGAAGAGGCUGUAGCGUCGCUAGACGCAGAGUUAUCUGUGACAAUUGACCCACAACUCCUCAAAGAGGCCAAGCUCAAGGGAGAAGCUCGAACUCGUUUGCGCAACUCCACGCACGCAGCCAUGAUGAAUUCCUUCCUCGAGAUAGCGGUUCGGCCUACAACACACUGGAGAUACGUCCAGAUGGCCCUCCGCUUUCUCUCAGCACAUCUCCGCCGAGAUGUCCCUCCAGUCCCAGGCGUGGGACAAUUCUUCUUGAAGAACGCUCUUAGCCCUCAGCCAACAAUUCGCAGUACAGCUCAACUUGCUUUAGUCAAGAUGAUGGGAUUCAUCAAAAUGAGAAGCUACGCCAAGUCUUUUGAGGAACUGUGGAUGGACGAAUGGAAACACCCCCUGGAAAGGACGGUUCAAAUACAUGAUCCUAUUGUCUUCAUGAACUCUCUUUUCACGGCAGACUCGCUCUAUGUCGAUAAAAUUCAGACUGGGUUCGUAUUGUGGAAAGCCGGCGUUAAAGGCUAUGCUCCGGUUACUGGAGAUGCGAAAGCUGUUACAUGGGAGAAGGACUCACAAUCAACCCUUCAGGCUGUCGGAGACCUCAUCUCUGCUGAAUACUUUCAGCAAUUGGCCUUGUUGUGGAGCCAGGAAUCGCAGAAAGCAGGUGUUGACCUUCGGGCAGACAACGUCGCUUUCAUCAAGACUCUUGCUAAAAUAUUCGAGGGCACCAUCCUACAAAGUGUACUGACGACAGUUGAUCCGUUGCUUUCUGACCCCGACAAGUUCAAACAACGAGCCGGAGCUGAAUUCCUCACGGGCCUAUGGCGAGGGUCCAAACACUGGCCACAACCACUUCACCACGAACUUUGGACAUGGAGUAUACCAAGGCUCAACUCGAUACUCUCACAAAUCAAACCGGAUACGUUCCCUCUCUGGCAAAGUGCCAUAUCGCUUCAGAUUCAAGAUCGCGAUCCUCGGCGCAAUCAAGCACUCAUUGACUGGAUUCUCAGUCUUCCCCUUGAUUUCACCGGCGACUCUGCGUUUGCUAUGAGCAAGUCGUUAUAUCUUUUUGGGCUGGUUGCAGAUGGCCUUAGUGUUCGAUUCCGGCCGCGAGCGGAUCAGUCAGUCAACCUGUUGUUCGACAAUGCCAAUAACGGCUACAACGAAAUACGAGCACAUAUUUCGGCGUAUUUGCAUAUUUUAAUCAGAGACCAAUGGACUCCGUCCUACCCUUCGCUCAAAGAGUUUUUAUUGGCUUGUGAGAGCUCUCCCGAUCCGUUGGGUUUACGUGUCGCCAAAUAUGAUGGACGCGUCAAAGAUAUUCUCAGCAAACUCCCGAAACUCAAGGAAGAGCGACUUCCCCCGCCUCGAGUCAGCCAAUCAGAGUAUGACAAAAUCGGCUUGACCCUUCUGCAAUGGCUAUGGAUUUCUGCUUAUAGCUCCAACCCUGCGUUGAUCUUUCCUUAUGCGGUGCCGAUGAUGCCAGAGAUUUUGCGGAUGUCUGAGCUCAACGAUAGUUCCGACCUCCAAGUCUACAGUUCCGCCGUUCUCUACGUGUUGUCUGCAGUGGCCGUGCCAGAUGUCUAUGUUCCCGAUAUAUUGAAGAACUUCGUCGACGCCAUAAAAUCCUCGACUUCCUGGCGCAUUCGUCUGCAUGCCUUACCUGCGCUUGUAGUCUUCUUCUAUCGCAAUCUCCUUUCGAUCUCGUCAACAGGUGUAAGCCAAGUUAUGGACGUUCUUCUAGAUUGUCUGGGCGACGAGAACGUAGAAAGUAUCGUCCCACUCAAGAACCGCUUCCUCGCCUUGGCGCGGAAAACGACGCUACCAGCGAGAAGGGACCCCGCCUAUGCCGACUCACUUCGGGCAUUGCAUUCGGCCAUUCUAGGGCUAUGUGCGCUUAUUGAAAGCUUCCCUUACUCCGUGGAGCCUUGGAUGCCUCCUCUAACUGAAAUUCUGGCGGCUCAUGCGAGCGACCCGCCGCCUAUCUCCACCACUAUCAGGAACUGUGCUUCCGAGUUCAAAAAGGACACCUGGCACAAGGAUCAGUUGUUGUUCGACGAAGACCAGUUGCAGAGUCUGUCGAGCAUGUUGGUGGGAACCUCAUACUACGCAUAA